AUGGCUCCGAUCAACACUCCGUCGAACAUGGCGAUUUUUCCGUGCACCACAAGUCCGAAAAACAAGUUCGGGAGGGGCUUCAGGGAAUACGGCGAGGAAAACGAGAGGAACACGAUGGUCGAGAACGUCUACCACAUUAACCAUUCCAAGCAGACCCUGGGAUUUGUGCUCGCAAUGAAGGAACGGCAUCUGAAGCUGGACAAGGCCGAGAUGAGCGUGUGGGAAGCGGCGGAGCUCUUAAACGAGCUCGUGGACGACAGCGAUCCCGAUCUAGAUAUGGCGCAGAUCGAGCAUGCACUACAGGCAGCGGAGGCGAUCAGACGGGACCACCCGAGCGAGGAAGAAGACUGGUACCCACUCGUUGGGUUCCUUCAUGAUAUGGGGAAGGUUCUCCUGCAUCCGAAGUUCGGCAGCGAACCCCAGUGGGCAGUUGUUGGUGAUACGUUUCCUGUUGGUUGUCGGUUUAGCACCAAGAUCGUCCACUCAAAGCUCUUCAACAGCAAUCCAGACUCUUCAGUUGAAGAACUGAGCACAGAGUGUGGUAUUUAUGAGGAAGGCUGCGGAAUGGACAAGGUCCACAUAUCCUGGGGCCAUGACGAGUAUAUGUACCAAGUCCUUGUCCAAAACGGCUGCAGCAUUCCACCACAAGGCCUCUACAUGAUCCGCUACCACUCAUUCUAUGCUCUGCACAGGGAUGAGGAGUACCAACACCUGAUGGACGACUUUGAUCGGAAGAUGCUUCCAUGGCUCAAAGACUUCAACCAGUACGACCUCUACAGCAAGAGUGCACAGCGCUUGAAUGUGGAGGAGCUCAAGCCCUAUUAUCAAAGGCUCAUUGCCAAGUACACCCCUAAGGCAAUUCUCAAGUGGUGA